CGUAAUUAAUAUUCACACUCCAAGCCUUCAUCUGUAGUAGUACUAGUACUAGUAUUGGUUUAACAGUCGAGUGUGACGAGUCAUUUUGUCCAGCUCAAAGCUCAAGAUGACACUUCAGAAUGGAUCAGUCAUAUCCACCCACAGCUGCUCCAGCACAGCUGACAAGAACAACAGCCUGCGGUGGGACCUGACCCCAGAAGAGAUCACACACCAGACACAGAGACUGAUCCAGCGGAUAAAGCAAGCCUAUGACACAGUGGGCUCGGUGGACAUUGGGAAGGUGUGCUUUGAGAAUACACUGCAAGUCAUUGCAGAUGCAAAAGCAGAUUAUGCAGCUUCACGGCAUGUGUUGGACUUUCCUCAGUAUGUCUCUCCAUGUAAAGAGGUGAGAUUGGCGAGCACCGAGGCUGACAAACGCCUGUCGGAUUUCGAUGUGGAAGUGAGCAUGAGGGUAGACAUGUUUCAGAGACUUAUAGCUCUGCAGGAAAAACAAUCCGGUGAUUUAUUGCCCGAGUCUGAGAGAUUCCUGGGACGACUCAUAAAAUUAGGGAAACGGAACGGAUUGCACUUGUCCAAGGAUAUGCAAGAAGAAAUCAAGUCAAUCUCUAAGCAAAUAAGUGAACUCUCCAUUGAUUUCAACCAAAAUCUGAAUGAAGAAAAUACAAUGCUGUUGUUCUCGCAACAAGAGCUUGUGGGUCUUGCGGAAAGCUACGUGAACGGUCUUGAGAAAACAGAAGAUGGGCGGUAUAAAGUCACCCUUGCAUAUCCCCACUAUUUCCCUCUGAUGAAAAGAUGUCAUGUUCCCGAAACCAGGAGGAAGAUGGAGAUGGCCUUUCACAGCAGGUGCAAAGAUGAUGUGUUGGGUCUGAGGUUCCAGCGGGUGGAGGAUGCUCUCGUGUGGCACGACAGCGUCAGACUCUACUCCGUACUAGACUCUGUGACUGGAGAGGAGAUCGGACAGUUUUACUUGGACUUGCAUCCCAGGGAGGGUAAGUAUGGACAUGCUGCAUGCUUUGGGCUCCAGCCAGGAUGUCUCGGGGCUGAUGGGAAACGUAGGAUACCUGUAGCUGCCAUGGUGGCCAACUUCACAAAACCCACAAGCAGCUGGCCUUCCCUCCUGCAGCACCAUGAGGUGGAGACCUUCUUCCAUGAGUUUGGACAUGUCAUGCAUGAGCUCUGCUCCCGGACCCGCUACGCAGAGUUCAGUGGGACGCAGGUGGAGACUGAUUUUGUGGAGGUGCCGUCUCAAAUGCUGGAGAACUGGGUUUGGGAGAAGGAGCCGCUCAGGAGGAUGUCUCGCCACUACAAAGAUGGCAGCCCGAUCCCAGACGGUCUGCUGGAUAAACUCAUUGCAUCUAGAGUGGCCAACACAGGUCUGAUGAACCUCAGGCAGAUUGUUCUCAGUAAAGCUGACCAGACGCUCCACACUAAAGACAGAGCGGAUACUGCAGCCGAGUUUGCCAAGCACAGCGAAGACAUCCUGGGAAUCCCAGCCACACCAGGCACAAAUAUGGCGGCUAGUUUCAGUCAUUUAGCCGGAGGAUAUGACGGUCAGUACUACAGCUACCUCUGGAGUGAAGUCUACUCCAUGGACAUCUUCUUCAGUCGCUUCAAAAAGGAAGGAAUCUUGAAUCCAAAGGUGGGCAGGGAAUACAGGCGUGUGGUUCUGGAAGCAGGAGGUUCAGUGGACGGCAUGGAUAUGUUGAAGACGUUCCUGGGUCGAGAACCCUGCCAGGAUGCGUUUUUUCAGUGUAAAGGACUCACACAAACCUUUACAGAACAAACCUGGCAUUGACUUUGGACUGUGAACGACAGGAAAUGGACUUCUGAAUUUACAGUAACAAGGACACAUAUGUCAUUAGUUUUCUUUCUAGUUUUACUUGCAGUGUAAUGUAGAACGAAAUGUUAUGUAUUUGUUUUGUUUGUCAAGCUGCCUCAUUUCUUGUCAGUG